UUAUAAAAAAUUGAAAUGAAUAAUACUAAAAAUAUACAAAGCAAAUAUGUAGCUUUCAUUCCAGUUGGAGCAGCUAUAAUCAUAUUUUGAACACUCUUCAGAGACCUAUGGUUUGAGAUUGUAGAGACACAAGGAAUUCUUCUUUUAUCCAUAAUGUAUACCUUUGAAAAUAAGUUAUGUAGUCCGAACUCAUGGCUAGUAAGGAGGAUUGUGAUCAUACUUCUAAAAGUGAUGACUCCAAUGUGAUUGUUCUUAUACAUAAAAGAUGAAUAUAGCUAUAAGUACCUCAUAGAUUUUUUUGAUGGAGUCCUCAAGAUCAAGAUUUAUAUUAUAAUAAUCCUUAUUACGAUCAUUCAUAGGAUGCCCAGUCCUUUAAUAUCAAAGAUUUAUGCUCCAAAAAGCCCGAUAAGAGUUGUCCUUACAUUUGUAGGAGAAUGUAUUUUCGUCAAGAACUUCAUGAUCCGAAUGUGCACUAUCUACAUUUUAUUCCCAGAGGAUUAUAACCAGAUUGCAAUCCAUCUGUUGAUGUCUGAGUGAAUACCAGCAGAGCUGAUAUCAACUUUGGAUCAAUUUAUCUUCAGAGAAUUGGAAAAUUUAGAAUUAAUAGCAUUCUGAUACUUCAAAUAUGCAAUUUACGUCACAACUUCUAUUCUCUUCAUGAGAGUUUGAGUGGAUUCAAACUGGAAGAUGCUGUUCUUCACUGAAAAUGGGCCAAUGUCAACCUUCUCCCUUUUCUUCGACAACUUCUUCUUUGCAGUCUCAAUGGCCUACUUGAUUGGUUUCAGAAUUAUCCAAAUUCCUUUGCAAAGUCCAUAAUUUUUCAAAAAAUAUGCGAAA